GCUGUCUCAGGUCUGGCAACUCUGGCCGGAUCAACAAGCGAGCGGUCUGCUUAUGUCGGUUUGUUAGCAAAAAUUACAAAAAAUAUCAAUAACCACGUUGUUUCCCGCGUUUUAUCAUAAUCUAUACGCUCGUUAGGUUCGCUUGAUCAAUUCAGUUAUUUCUAUAUUUAUUUAUCUACUUAGAAAUGUAUGGAGAUUCGACGUAAUCUAAGUGACAGAUGUUACAGUGCUAAAUCGCGCCACUUUUUGAUCAAUUACUUCGUUUUGACCCUAUAAAAAUGGAAGAAAGUAAGGAAAAUAACAUUGAAAUGGAUUCUAAGAAACCAGAAUCAGAAGUGGUACCAGAAGUAAUCAUAGUUGAUGCUGCAGGUGACAGUCUCCCAGCUGAGACUAACAAGGAUGCCUCUCAAAACCUCUUUCCUGAUAGUCCAGUUUAUGAACCGGAUGAUGAAGUUGAGGAAAUAACCACUGAUGCCACUGAUGAAACAGCCACUUCUGCUACUACUAAUGGUGUAUCGUCAGAUGCCACAGAACCUCCAACCCUUCAAGCCAAGAGAAAGCUAUCAGAUGAUCCCUCGGACAGCAGCGCCAAGAUUCAGAAACUUGAACUCACUGAUGACGAGUUCACCGUAUCGACGCAAUCCUUGGACAAUGAAGUGUCUGAGAUCACCAGCGCGACGAAACGGAAGCUCGAAGAUCUUGAACUCCCAUCUACUUCCAGAGUCCGCACCCCAGUCCGGUCUAGUCCCAGAAAGCUUAAAAGGAGCAAUAGCGCUGACGUAUCCAAACCCAAAACACCAAAGACUCCGAAAUCGCGACCAGCCAGUGUUGACCUCACCAAGUCAAGGAAAACUCCCAGCAAACUUGUUAUUGAAGGGCCCAAAAAUGAACCGAAAUCAGGUGAUGAGGUGGUGGUCAUUUCCGAUAGUUCUACUUCCUCCUCCCGCCCGAGUGUUGAGUUCGUUAAAGAAAUUCCAGCUCCUUCUGUACCAGAAACUAUAGCUGAGGAACCCUCUGAGUUAGAUGACUCGCAAGGCUUCCAUCUGGAACUUUCGCCGUCUCCUCCCGAGGUUAGUAAUGGCGUUAAUGGCGAUAAGAAAAAGCCUCCAAGCAGCAGCGAACCCAUUAUCGUCAAAGAUAGAGAUGAAGAUAUUAAUCCGGGUAAAGAAAGUGGCCCAAGAAGUGAAGGAUACAAGUACUCUGAUCAGGACAACUUCUCUCAACCCAAAUCUAAGGACUACAAUAUAGGAAAGACGACGGAUCAGGAAAGCACUGACAGUGUUUGCUCCCUUACUCUAGAGAGCCCUGAACAUCCUCCCAGUGUUACCUCUAAAUUAAUCUCCAAGCUUUCCAACGGCAACUCGUCUACUCCAACUGAAAUAUCCGAUGGUAAAAUAAAUCCCGAAGAUAGUGACAGUACCCCUGACAUGUUGAAACUGGCUGCCAACAAAGGAAAGAGAAUAAAGAACGAGUCUUUCAGAUCAAGUAACAAUGCUACUCCUUCAACUAUAUCGCCGUUGCCGAAUGGUCAUUCUUUGCCGAUGAACACCCCUCAGAUACCAGUGUUCGAUGUCCAUAUUAGUCACAACGAAGAGAACGAGUUCCUAUCCCUCUAUGUUGUCCGCACUGAUAACGAUCUUGGAAUGGAUAUGUGUCGGGAAUACCAAAGAAUUUCCAAAAGAUUUACUAUUGAUCCUUACCUAGGUGACGUAUCUGUCAGCAACUCUCCAUCCAGUGUUACUAGUGGAGGCAUGAUUAAUUUGCCGAAUAGAACCUCUUUCGCUUCAACAGUCAGUUCGACGUCAACAUCUAGCAAUAGAACAAGCGAUGGCGCGUUUGUCGUACCGCAGCCACCGCGGAAAUCUAUUGUCAAUCCAACAACUUCCGUCAAAGGAUACGACGCCUUAAUGAAGAAGCUACAAGACAUAUUUUCGCAUAUCAGAGAUGCUUCAGUAGACGACGGAAUUCACGAUGAAAAAGUGUCCGUCGGUAUUCAAACAUCCGUGUCUAAUGACAGUUCUAUGAGUAAUGGUAACGCUAGUCCUGAAGAAGUUAGUAAAUGCGAUAAGGCGACACCAAAGAGUUCUUUGAAAAAGACAAGAGUUCGCGGUCGACGGCAUAUGGCGGGCAAAACUAAACGAGCAUUACUGCCGACUCAACCCGAAGAGCCGGAGUACAUGCACGGCAUGAACUCGCCAGAAAUGGUGCCAACUAAUGGAGAAAACGGGAAAGACUCGCCCGACAAGUCACCAAAAGACGAAAAACCACUAUCAUCUUUGGUUGCAACACCGAAGUCUGUGAGCAAGUUGAAGACUAAACGCCGCCCGACAUCGCCUCGACCAGCGACGCCCGUAGAAAAGGCUGUAGUGAAGCCGGAAUACCCUGGUUACUCUCCAGACACCGUAGUGCUAGCUAAAUGGGUGGAUAAACGGUACUAUUCGGGCAAAGUCUUGGAGAUCACGGAACCAAAUAAGUAUCUAAUCAAGUUUGACGAUGGCCAAAGUAAAGUAUUACUGGAUGACUUCAUAAUAUUUGGUGAUAUGAAGACAUUGCCUCUGGAAGGACAGUCAGUGUAUGCCAUGGUUGAUGAGGAGCAGAAUUAUGAACCUGGGUUGGUGCUUGGUGUUGAAGAGAAUGAUAGUGGCACUGUAACAUACAAAUGUACUACUGACGGCGACACGCUGGUGAUGGUGACGGCGAGCGAGCUGUACCUGACGGAGGACCAGGCGCGCUCGCUGAAGGACGCGGCGCGCGCGCGCUCGCCCGCCGCGCCCGCCACGCCGCGCCGCCGCGCGCAUCGCGAGCUCGACCUCGACAACAUCAUACAGGGUCCGCGCAGCGCCCGUAGCAGAGACAAGGGCAACUCUAGCGCCCGGAAGCGCGUCAUCUCACCAAAGAGUCCGAAAGCCUCUACUUCCGGUAUAUCAGGCGGCAAGACCAAGCCCCCGACGGCGGGGCGGCGGCGGCUGGGCAGCGAGAGCAGCGAGCUCAGCGAGAGCAGCAACAGCGCGCCGCCCGCGCGCAUCGAGGAGGUGGCCGGCGUCGAGCCCGAAGUGCAGCGGACGCCCAGGAAGAUCGACGGGGUCAAGGCCGGCCCACUGCAGCUAAAAGGUGCAGCUAAACAAAACAUUGGGAAGAAGAAUUCUAAACUAACAAAGUUUGAAAACGACGAGGAUACAGUUUCUCAGCUGGGCCCUAUUCCUGAACCUGAUAGCAAACUGUUCGCGGGACUACACUUCUUGUUGACUUGCACCGAGACGCCGAGGCGGCCGCGUACUAACAACGAAAAGUCUGAAAAGUCUACACAAAGUCAAGACACGCGGCACUACUCAUCAGAAGAGGACGGUGAGACCACCUCAGUAGCCGGCACUGAUACUGAGGACCUGGAGUUCUGCGACCGACCCUUCAACAAGGAGCGGCUGAAGGAACAGCUGGAGGCUGGCGGCGGGAUUGUAUAUAGCCACUUCGACGACGUCCCCCGCAGCAAGUACAGUGUGUGCCGGCUGAUCGCGCCGCGGCCGUGCCUGACGGCCAAGUACAUCCAGUGCGUGGCGGCCGACGUGCGCGCGCUGUCGCACGCCUGGGUCAUCACGGCCUGCAGCCGCGGCGCGCUCCCGGACCCCGACUGCUACGCGCUGCCCGCCGGCUGGUCGCUGCUCAAGCAGAGGUUCAUCAACUGGGUGCCACCAUCAGGCAAACGCAAUGCAACAUUCUACAAAGACAAGACCAUCCUUCUAUGCGGCGACCAAGACACAUUCGUCAAGUUCUGGGAGCGAGUGUGUACCCUCGCGGGGGCCAACACGCGCGUCGUCAACGAGGAGGACCUCAACAUGUCUGGGGCCCUCGCCCUCGUGACCGAGUGGGACUGCCCCCACGAGGUACAAAACAAGGCCAACCAAGACAACAUUCCCCUUGUUUCCACCACUUGGGUCGUCCAAAGCCUCAUAGAGGCCCGCGUCAUCCCCCCCACCAGCCACGAAAAGUUCUCGUUUAUGUUCGCGGAGCCAGAAUGAUCCUGGGACUUUCGGAAGAUCCUCAUAAUACGUGAAAAUUGACACUUGAGGUGACCGCGGACGUGACGCUUAGUGUUAGUGAAGUGACGUGAUUACGAACCUACUUUUCACAUGGUAUACGCUGCUCAAGGGCUGUAUGAUGAUGUCUUAACGCUAUAAAAGUCCCAGGCAGAUAAAGAUGAAGUUAUUUAGACAACACCAUCUCUCUCACUCCAAUUGGCAUUAAGACAUCUCAAUACACACCUUGGUUGAUAAAGUACAAAGAAUAUAUUGGUUAUGCUAAGCAUAAAACAGAGUAUAAACUAUCGAUUAUAAUGUAAACAGCUUGUAAUGCUUAGAAAAUGUCUAAAACAUUCUGCUUAGCUUCUAAAUAAAUGCAAUUAGUUGCUAUUUUUAUAAUGUAAAGUGAGUUAAUCGAAUAUAUAUUAUUACACAACCGUUGGCAGCUGUACCAUUGAAAAGGAGUUGAAAUAGUAAAACACUGGUGUUAUUGUGUAAUAAAAACGAAAAGUGUCGUGUAAAAACUUGACAAUUAAUUCUAAAUAUGAAAGUCUUGGUGGUAAUAGUAUGUAAGGGACAAAAUUGUGUGGCAAUGAUAUUUGUAUAAGGUUAUAAUAUUGUUCUACAGUUAGUAGCGAUAGUCCGGUUGUUUCUUACUUUUAUAUAUAUUAAUAAGUCCCUUUUUUGAUCUCAACACAUGUGUGAGGUGAGAAAAGGAUACAACAUAUUUUAUUUAAAAAUAAUGGUGGGAUAACAAACCAAAUUGGAUAUGAUGAAUGGAUAUGAUGUCCCCCAAUCUAAUACUCACUUAUUUUUAUUGCUUGGUGUUUAAAGUCUACAGAACGGCCAAGGAAAUACAAAGUUAAAAAAAUAUAUAGCAAUAUUUUCUCUGAAAGACUUUGGUGUUAGAAGUGUAUUUCAAAAUAAGUGCUUACGAUGAUGUAAGCCCUCAUUCUGAAAUAUGGUUUUGAGGUAGUAUUGAUCAGUUGAUAUACUUACCUGGCGUAGGAGAAGCCUUGAUCAUGAUAACGUUGAUAAACAAUACUGUUAUUGCCGGACUAUUGCCUCUCAACUGAAAUAUGUACAGUCAUUUAAAUAUGAAGAUAAGAGAUUUCUUUCUAAAAUAAAGAUUCACACUGCGACUGAUUUCUAAAAUUUUAACUACGACAAACAGUAACCUUAAUUUCCAUUCAAGGCCUUACUAGCAUCUGGAUCUGAACCGACUUCAAAAAGGUUUUCAAUUCCUCAAUAUUUUAAGUUUUAAAGCCGAUUUAAUUGAUUCUUCUUUCAUUAAAAGUGGAAAUAUCUGUCAUUGGGUCCUAUAAAAUUCGUCAAGUCUGGAUCAGUAGCUUUUAUGAUUUUUCUUAAAAGAAUUUUUUUCUAAAUAUUUUGCGGGAAUCUUAAUAGUAAGUGACAAAUGUUCAAAGACUUUCUGACCUUAAAAGAAUGAUAAAAUAGGUAGCUAAGUAUAAUCAUUAGGACAAAAUUGGUAUUCAAUUGUAUAUGGUCUCAUUUAAUAUAAGUUUGAAUAAUUGACAUUUUUGUGAAUAUAAUAGUGUUGAUACUCCAUCAAUUAAAAUGGUAUCGAUUUAAAAUCGAUGUUUAGCCAAAGCGAGCUAAUUAAUUCUACGUUAUUACGAUCUUGAACAAUAUAAGGACCAUGUCUUUUGUUAUUUAUUUUUAAUUUGAUUUUUUUUGUGCAUGGAAUGUUAAGCUAAAGGUUCUAUAUGGCAUUGUAGAAAAAAGGUUUAAUGUCUGUUUUUUUUUAUGAGAGAAUUGAUGAUAUUAGUUCCUACUUUUACUGGUAAAUAAUACAUAAUUCUCAUGCCUUUUAGAAGCGUAGGCUUUCCUGCACUACUGUAAUGUGUCAUUCUAAUUGAAUUAAGUUUAAAAAUCAUUUUUUUUAUAAAGUAACUGCUUAAGUAUUGAUUCGAUCACAGAUUUUUGACAAUACUUUUUUUCUUUACUUUUCGUAAUAAAAUGUCACAAAAUUAAACUUUUUCCAUUUGUAUUUAAAUCAUUGACAUCUAUUUUUAUCAGAUUUGUUUACACUUUGUAUUAGUGUCCAAAUAUUUUUUGAUUAUCAUCUCAGAUAUCUUUUGGUGAUGAAAAAUCUAUGAAAGUGAUGAAAAAUAUAAGUAAAAUGUGCUAAACACUUGUCCAGUGAUAUUAUUAAGUUUCCAGCAGCGAUUUGCCAGCUCUCGAUAAAAUAUAUUGUAAGCCAUUGACAAAAAUAUAAUCUCCAAUGAUAAAUGUAUAAACUUAGGCUGAUAAAAUUUUGCAAAGAACAGUUUUUUAUAUAAUCAGGAUUGUCAAAUAUAUUACGAUAAAUAUAAGAACAUGAAACUAAAGGGGUAUUACAUUGCACUGCAUUAGGGUGUUACAAUGAUGAUAAGAAGCCCUGAUUUAGUGUUGUGUAAUACCCCAAUAACUCAAAGAUAAGUUAAUCUACAAGUACAACGACGGUUUUUAGCAUCCGCUAAAAGCGUCCAUGUCUUGAAGUAUGUAAUUACAGCACCAAGUUUGAAUAUAAAUCAAAUAUCCACAAUCAAAGUGUAAAUAUAUCUAAUUAAUGAGUAAUAUUAUAAUGUAAAAUUAUGAGAUUAUAUAAACGAGGGUAGUUCAAGAGAUAGGCAAUGCUAGGAUAUUCCUCAUGUAAGUUAAAGUGUAUAAGUACAUGUAUGUGAAUAGCGCGUUGAGAUUUGCUGCAACAAGCGCUUAAUCGAGCCAAAUUAAGUAUUUUCUUUUAAUUAAACCAGAAAUAAGUUUUACUUAGUUCGUGAGACGUUUUUGUGAUGAAGACAAACUAUUAAAAGCUGGUUUAAGCUAGACUUGGGGGAGGCCUUUACCUAGUAUUGGGAAACCUAAGUCUAUGAAAAUAAAUGGAGAAAUGACACAAUGAGAACAUUCUUUGACGCAGAAAGGGCAGAAGUUUAACUGUCUUGAUUGAAACUAAAACAGUGCGUCUAAGUAACCCGAACUAAGUAUCGCUUUUUUUCUGUACGAAAUAGACAGAUUGUCUAUUUAAUAUGUAAAACAAGUAAACUAAGUAAAUUGUAUAAAAUAAAAACACUUUGUGCCCAAAUCUAAUCAACAUUUCAAAGUUCGAUUUAUUUCUUUAUAAUAUAUCGUGUACAUAUAAAUUAAAGAUUUUUGACAUAGUAUGUUCUUGUAUGAUGUAAACGUACAAAUUACAUGUUUUUUUUAAUUUAAUAAGCAUCUGCCGUACGUUGGGACUACUACCACGUUUUGUAGAAGCCAUUGUAGAAAUGAAACGGACGUGUCGUGAACGUGUCAUUUCCACAAUUGCAAUAGUGGUAGGACCUUGACAGUAUAACCUGUACCGUGUAAAGUUGUGGCAAAGUAAAAGAUCUCUAUGCGAGGGAGCAAUUGGUUUUCGUUAUUGGUAUUUUAUAUGUAAGCGGAAUAUAUGUACAAGUAGUGAAAUCUAAAUUAUAAACAUUCGAUCUGACAUUGUACAUAGUUAUUCAUAAUUGUCUUUUUUUUUUGGCACACAUUAGUUCUAACUAUUAAAUUAUGUCUAGGGAUUAUGAAAAGUUAAAGAGUAAUGUUAAAAUAAUGUCGUACGGUAUUAUUAAGCUCUUGUAUCGCCUUGGAUAUGUACAGAUAUAAGUGUUGUGUGACUGAAAGUAUGAAAACGAAACUAGUUAACUUAAAAAUAGGUGAUAAAUGUUAGUACAUCGGUAAACGUUAAAGAAAGAGUUUGGUCGUUUUGGGGUCUGUGUGAGAAGUGUGUAAAAAUUAGGUCUCUUAGGAAACAAAAAGUAUUAUCUUGAUAAAUUAUCGAAUUAAAAAGAAAAUAGGUCAUACAGAAUCUUUAUAUUAGAUGAGUAAGGCUGUUCGAAUCCAUGUUAAAGUUGGUCUACUAUACAUGACGUCUGUCAUCUGAUAAGAGUCGAGCCUGUUGGACAAAUGAGUUGUCACCAGUAGACUAAAAUCGUCAGAUAUCGGAGACCUGAGCCCUUGUAAAACUAACCUAAUUUUAAAACUACUCAAACUAAAAGAUACUACCAUUGAAUAAUUGCCUUUGCCUCAACUCACAGGCAUUGCGGCAUGAAAAGUCUUUUCAUUUCUGCGGGUACUUUUUGAUCUAUGUUAAAAGUGAACUAGUGUGUGCUGAUAUUGGUGUAAAAUUUCUUGAAGUGACUUGUAGUGUAAGCGCAUUUUUAGUCGGUAUUUUGAUUUAUUUACAAUGUACAUUGUGGCGUAAUUUUGUGUUGCAUUUCUUUUUGAUGUUUUUUUUUUUUUGUUAUUCUAUCAUUGUAUCUUCGUUGUUAAGGAGUCAGAUAGACAUGUAAUGUGUAAACUAUGAAUAAAAUGAUAGAAGUAAA